AUGACAAUUCGUGCCUUCGACGAUUGGGCCAGCGGUCGUGCCCAGACCCUCCCCCUUUCUCUCCUCAAAGGUGCCGUCAUAGGCAUCGAUGCCUCCCAUUAUCUCGACCAGCAUCUUAAUCAUCAUGCGACGAAAGAACCCCUCCUCAUCGCCCUAGGGGGCUUUCCAUUCUCUCUGAAAGCCAACAUCGAAAAGGAGCUCCAAGCCUUGAAAAACGCCGGCAUUACCUGCGUAUUUGUAUUCAAUGGACUCGAUUUUGGAAAGCGCGAGCCCGACUUCUCGACUCAAGCUGACUCUACCCGUGCCCUGCAACAAGCGUGGGAGCUCUAUGACCAGCAACAGGCAGAUCAGGUUGUGGAUGCUUUCAGCUCCGCUGGAAGCGCAAAACCGGAGACUCUCUAUAAGUUCUUGCAAAGAAUCUUUCAUGAACAGCGAGUCGACUUUCUCGUUGCUCCAUAUGCAGCUUCGGCACAGCUUGCCUACCUUGGAAAAGGCCCAAAUAGAUUCGUCGAUGUCGUUUUCGGUUCCUCAGAUCUCUUCCUUUUCGACCUAGAUAAGGUGAUCACCAGGCUGGAUACGGAUCUUUUCCAAAUAACAUGGAUUUCUAGGCAGGUAUGCCAGGAUGACCUAGGAAGGAUAUCAAACGACCAAUUCAUCGAGUUUUGCUUGCUUCUCGGCUCCAGAUACCUCCGGACCUUUCCACUUUUCGAAAACGCCACCUUCCCUGGAAAAAGAGUUAGCAUCAGGGAGGCAAUGACUACAUAUAAUUCAGCCGGACGUAAUGCGUUGGCUCUCUGCGGCCAAAUAGAAGAUGAUCCUCGUGUCAAUGACCCACCUUAUGUGGAACAAUUUAAGCGAGCGCUCAUGAUAGUGAAACAUCAUAUCAUAAUGGAUAUCGAUGGGAAAGUGACUCCGAUGGAUGCGGAGAAUGUAUCCAAUGAUUUACAUGAACUCAUCGGACAACGUUUGCCCGAAGAGCUAUACUUCUACAUGUCAAAGGGUAUUAUUGGCUCACAAGUUCCUGACUGGUUGACUUCCGGCGAGCUUUUGAUAAAGCUGCCACUGGGGGCUGAGAUUUCGGAAAUCUAUCGUCGUCUUCAGGGAGAUCUUCUUACUCCCAUUAGAACACAGGCGCUGUGUCUCCUUGCCAACUCUCUCCAUCGGUUCUACCAGACCAAAGCGAUUAAUAUAUGUACCUGGUACGAGCCGAAAUCAACACGCUCUAUUAACCUCAAAGAAGACCUGCCUCUGGUGAAAGCGUCUACGAUUUCGUGGAAGAUUCGAAGCGACCAAUACCCAAAGAGUGUGCAGCAGCUUCAUGUCGACGAAGUUCCGUUUACCUUUGCCCUCCGAGCCGUGAAAGACCAAAAUUUUGUUUCAAAGUCGUUUGCACCCAGAGAUGCCCCUGUUCUAUCAUCGAAAGCAGAAAUUCUCGCAAAUGUGAUGUGGAGGUUCCUACAGCUCCGGGGCUAUAUUGAUGAAAAACACCAGCUUACCCAAUGGGGCCAAGCACUUGAAAUAGCUAUGUCGUCACUCAACCCUGCGGAGAACUUGGAAGAAACAACUUUCAUCGCAGUUGAACUCUUGAAACUGGGGAUCCUGAGCUCUAAAAAUUUGUUCGCGGAUAUUUCAGGUGGGCCGAUGAGGGGUUCUAAUGAGGAGAAAAGGUUCAAUCUAUUGGUAUCCCAAGUUGCAUGCAUUGGCAAAAUUCGUCACAAGUCCAUUGGCUAUUCAGGGCCCCUCAGUAGACAGCUUCUGUCUUUCCGCUCCUUAAUCUGCGCUGUCCGAUCCAGCCUUCGAGACUUGAUUGAGGUGGUUCUAGCAAGUCUUUUGCUGAAUGGGGACGCAGACCGAGAACGUUCUGACUGGACUGAUCUGGGCCUCAGCCUUCCUUUCAUCGACGACAACAAUUGUGGACUUGGGAUCGCUGUUCGGACGUAUCUUGACGACUUACCGCAGCAACCAGAGCCAACGUCGCCGAGGGUUCGAGCUGAGGUAAAGUCUAAAGGUAAAGAAUGGUUCCAACAUAGUGAGAGCUUUAGCGGAAACCUUGACAUGGCCUUCAACCUUUGGGAUGCGGUUUAUCAAGCAACUCAAAAUGCUGGAACGGAGUUCAAGGAUGCAAAAUUUUGGGAGGAGACGAACAAGUGGUUGACGGAACGGAGGUGA